GAGGUUGAGUUUGCAGUGAGCCGUGAUCGCGCCACCGCACUCCAACCUGCACGAGACUGCCAGAUCCUGUCUCAGAAAAACAAACAAACAAAAAAAGGCUGUUACCCGGGAGGAGAGCUCCUCGCCCGACCUCUACCCUCAUGAAGAGAGGCUCAGAGGGCUGAAGUGCCUACUUGGCCGAAAGCCGUGGUACAGUGGCAAGGCAGGGCCAGGGGAAGUGGCUUUGCCGCCAGGGCCGGGCCCCUGUUUGCCCGGUGCCCUGUGCCCAGUCCUUAGCCUGAAGGUGGUGGGCUUCAGCCAGAAGCCCCUGGCGGAAGCGGUGCCAGCGUGCGGUUCAGAGUGUGGGUGUGCAGGUCUAUGGGCGACCCAAAAGGGGUGCCCCUGCCCGGUAACCUAGCGUGAGGGUGGGGAGGGCGGCGGGCACGCAGCACUGCUUGGCUGCUCAGGGCAGGCUCCGCCACCAGGGGCGCGGGUUUAAAAGGAGCGAAGGCAGUCCGGGAGCCCAGCGGCUGGGAAGCGCGCCAGAACGGAGCCGCUGCCCUGGCACAGCCAUGGUCCGGCGGGUGGAGGGCGCUCGGCUGCUCAGCAGCCUACUGCUCUUCGCCCUGCUGGCUGCAGACGUCGCCCCGCUCAGCUGGGAUCUCCCGGAGCCCCGCAACCGAGCCGGCAAGAUCCGAGUGCACCCGCGGGGCAACCUCUGGGCCACCGGUCACUUCAUGGGCAAGAAGAGUCUGGAGCCUCCCAGCCCAUCCCCAUUGGGGACAGCUCCCCACACCUCCCUGAGGGACCAGAGACUGCAGCUGAGUCAUGAUCUGCUCAGGAUCCUCCUGCUAAAGAAGGCUCUGAGCGUGAGCCUCAGCCACCCCCGCACCCCACAUCCAGGAGGCUGCUGGUACAAAUACUGCAGAAAUGAUACCAAUAAUGGGACAGACACAACAGCGUGGCUUAGAUUGUGCCCACCCAGGGAAGGUGCUGAAUGGGACCCUGGUGAUGGCCCCAUCUGGAUGUAAAUCCUGAGCCCAAUAUCUGUUACUCCAUUACUGUGAUUUCUGGUUGGGUCACCAGAAAUAUCGCUGAUACAGACACAGAUUAUGUUCCUGCUGUAUUUCCUGCUUCCAUGUUGAAUUUGUGAAUAAAAUCUUGCUCUUUACAUACAA